CGUGAGUGUAUCUCAGUGCACGUGGGCCAGGCUGGUGUCCAGAUUGGCAAUGCCUGCUGGGAGCUUUACUGCUUGGAGCAUGGGAUCCAGCCUGACGGACAGAUGCCUAGCGACAAGACCAUUGGAGGAGGAGACGAUUCCUUCAGCACCUUCUUCAGUGAGACUGGAGCUGGAAAGCACGUCCCCAGAGCUGUUUUUGUGGACCUGGAGCCCACUGUCAUCGAUGAGGUGCGGACUGGUACCUACCGCCAGCUCUUUCACCCUGAGCAGUUGAUAACUGGUAAGGAGGAUGCUGCCAACAACUACGCCCGUGGUCACUACACCAUCGGCAAAGAGAUCAUUGACCUGGUGCUGGACAGGAUCCGCAAGCUGGCUGACCAGUGUACCGGCCUUCAGGGCUUCCUGGUCUUCCACAGCUUCGGAGGUGGUACCGGCUCUGGUUUCACCUCCCUGCUGAUGGAGCGUCUCUCUGUCGACUACGGCAAGAAGUCGAAGCUGGAGUACGCCAUCUACCCCGCCCCUCAGGUGUCCACUGCUGUGGUGGAGCCCUACAACUCCAUCCUAACCACCCACACCACCUUAGAGCACUCUGACUGUGCCUUCAUGGUGGAUAACGAGGCCAUCUACGAUAUCUGUCGUAGGAACCUGGAUAUCGAGCGACCCACCUACACCAACCUGAACAGGCUCAUGAGUCAGAUCGUGUCCUCCAUCACUGCCUCCCUUCGUUUCGACGGCGCUCUUAACGUUGAUCUUGCGGAGUUCCAGACCAACCUGGUGCCAUAUCCCCGUAUCCACUUCCCUCUGGCCACCUACGCUCCCGUCAUCUCCGCGGAGAAGGCGUACCACGAGCAGUUAACGGUAGCAGAGAUCACCAACGCCUGCUUCGAGCCGUCUAACCAGAUGGUGAAAUGUGAUCCUCGCCACGGCAAAUAUAUGGCAUGCUGCCUCUUGUACCGUGGUGAUGUGGUGCCCAAAGAUGUCAACGCUGCCAUUGCCACCAUUAAGACCAAGCGCACCAUUCAGUUUGUAGACUGGUGCCCUACUGGUUUCAAGGUGGGUAUCAACUACCAGGCGCCCACUGUAGUCCCCGGUGGAGACCUGGCAAAAGUCCAGAGGGCCGUGUGCAUGCUGAGCAACACCACCGCCAUCGCAGAGGCGUGGGCUCGACUCGACCACAAGUUUGACCUGAUGUACGCCAAACGCGCCUUCGUUCACUGGUAUGUGGGUGAGGGGAUGGAAGAGGGGGAGUUCUCCGAGGCUAGAGAGGACAUGGCGGCUCUGGAAAAGGAUUAUGAGGAGGUGGGAAUGGACUCUGUUGAGGGUGAGGGAGAGGAGGAGGGUGAAGAGUUUUAA